AUGGUCAUGGACGACAAGCAAUUCCAGGAUGCAGUGCGAGGCGGCGCUCUUCUCUACGAGUGCAUGAGCCACAAUUCUAUCGACGAGAUCGACAAGGCUCUACAAAAGGCCGGCAAACUUGGCGAAGCGCAAAGCUCCCAGAGCCCAUUCAUCGACCCAGGUCGAAUGUUCUCACUGGGCUGGGUAGAGGGACCAAACGUCAAGGACAAGCCUGAAGAUAUUCUCGGGUCUGUUUUAAGAGACUUGGGGCUCUCCGACAAGGUGUAUCCGCAAGGAUCCAAUCAGUCCGUGGUUUGGAUGCAGAAUCAAGACAAGUUCGAUGGAAAGAAGCAGAAGGUAUUAUCCCUCUCCACUCCGCGAUAAGUCUCUUCGCUGACUGAACCUUGUAGCCAACAUAUGCUCACUACGACUUCUGGGUCAACACUAAAGACGGAGUCGUCAUCAUAACCAACGCGAAAAGCCCAAUGGCGACGAAGACGGCAGGAAUGGAAGGCAAACUGUCGAGCACCAUGAAAGGGACGAUAGAAGCGCAAAUUCCGAAACUCCACAAGAUGAGCGACGUAAGUAUCCUGCCCUCUCCUUUACGUGAGCCCAGAUUCUUACCAAUACAUAACAGGUCGUCUUCCUCGAAUACAUCCAACGAGCCAAGAACAACAAGCACGAUCCGAAAGGACUGCGCUACAUCUUCCACAACGUAGUCGAAACCGAAUCCACCAACGAGGUCAUCGAGCACGUCCUCAAAUCCAAAGGCUGUCCCCGCCAACCAUGGGAGUACCACGGCCGUUCCGGCGACUUCAGAAUCCCACCGGACUGGAAAGACAGAGUCACAGUCACACCCAACGAAGAAGGCUUCAAAGCGCUCUUGAGAUCCAACCAAGGAGCAUUCGUGGCGUGGAUGUUGCUUCAACAUAGGCAGCAGUUGGGCCAUAAGAGGGUGAAGCAGAUUGUGAUAUAUCAGGAUACGGAUCCGAUGGAGAAUGGAUAUAGGGGACCCAGCUUGAUGCUGGAGGUUGAAAAUGUUCAAUGA